AUCAGGGUUCAGCUUAUGGCAUGCUUCUGGGGCUGGUGCAAAGAAUAGGAGAGAAAAGUGGUCUCUGGAUAGAAAAUUGUAUUCUCCCCAGAUUAAAUCUGGAUGGUCUUCUGCAGAGACUCUAGGUAAAGGAGAAGAUCUUGAAAGACAAAAACCAAGCAAGAUGUAAUCCUGGAGAGAUGGAAUACUUGAGUCUCUAACUCAAAAAAAGAAGAAGAAAAGGAAGUAAGGAGAUAUACAGAGAGAGACAGAGACAGAGAAGAAAUGGAAGGAACGAGAAAAUGGACUGGACGGGAGCAGCCUGGAGGGCUGAAUCACAAACUGAAUGAUGAGACCCUACCGCAUCCCAGGAUGGACGUCUGUGCUGUGAAUAUCUGGUACACUCUCGCCUGUGGCUGUGUCUUGUUGCCUGAUGAGAGCUCUCUCUGUGGAAAGAUUGAGGACACCAUGGACCACUGUGCUGUCACGGCCCUUCCAUCCCUCCUGACUAGGAUGCUGACUUCGUUUUCAAUCGUCUCCACACUUUCUGAGCCAGCUGAAAAAGAAGCAGCUCAAAAUAGAAGUUUCCAAAUGUUAAGGUAAGUUGCCAUUUGUUAUUAAAGAUCUCAUUUCUAUGAGGUAAACCUGUUUCCUUUCUCCCUUAAUUGCAGUUAGCCCUGUAAUUGCUCCCCCAAAGAUGUGUUGGGGGCACACAGCAUGCUCUCCACUGACCAGCCUUUGCCCAGUGCUAUGCCCAGACUCAUGUGGAGAACUGUCCAAGUCCUCCCUCAGGCUCUGCUUGUCUAAGAAUCCAGUGGUGCAGGAAAAGGCCUCCUCGACAUUAAUUUUAGCACCAGUUCCUACAUGAAGGGUUUUUUUUUAAUGUGUAUGGAUGUUUGCCUCCUGUAUGUCUGUUCAUCUUGUUUGUCCUUGAUGCCUAUGGAGGAGAACAGAAGAGGGUGUUGGAGCUCCUGGAACUAGAGUUCCAGGACUAUCAAGGCUACAAAGAUAAACCCUGUCUUAAAAAAAAAAAAAAGAAAGAAAGAAAAAGAAGAAGAAGAAGAAGAAGAAGAAGAAGAAGAAGAAGAAGAAGAAGAAGAAGAAGAAGAAGAAGAAGAAGAAAAGAAGAUCAGAUGAUGAUGCCUCUCUAACCUUGCAGUGGUGGCACACGCCUUUAAUCCCAGUACUCUGGAGAUAAAAGCAAGCAAAUCUCUGUGCAAGUUCCAGAACAGUCAAGAGCCCCUGUAGGAUAACCAAAGAGACUGUGUCUUCACUACGAAGGACUUUGAGGCAUCUUAAAAGAAAGCAAAAAGGAAAGAAACACUAUGAGUCUCCAGGUCCGCUGUGGCUGUGUGAUCCAAGCCCUUCACCAAGUUGGUGUUUACAGACUUCUCAGCCCCCGCCUAGAGCACGGCAAAGCAUUCUUAUCAGCCCUCACCUCUCACACUUUGCAUUUAUUGUGGAAGAAAUCCCAAGAUGACAGAUAAAGCUUUGCGUCCUAGAGCCAUAGAGCGCAAUUUGGUGACCUUCUCUGAUGUGGCUAUAGGCUUCACUCAGGAGGAGUGGGCCUGUCUGGACUCUGUGCAGAGGAAGCUGUACUGGGAUGUGAUGCUGGAAAACUACAGUAACCUGGUCUCCCUAGAUACUCAAUCAUCCUAUAGAACCAACCAUUUAACUAGUCGAAGAAGCAUUUAUGGAUCGAGCUUUUACAAAAGUAAUCCAAGUGACCGAAGUCUAUCUCCCCACCCUAAUGGGAUUGGUGAAGGUAAAAAUGAACAACUGCGGGGCUCUGGAGAGGGAAAUGUCAAUAAUGUAACAGACAGUACUGGAAAAGCACCCACUGAGAGAGAUAGCACACCAGCACCAUAUGUGAGGCCUCAAACAGAGAGGUCCUUCUUAUGUCAGGGCUGUUGGAAAGUCUUCAGUCAUGGGUAUCUGCUUAGUCAGCAUCAAAUUCACACUGGCGAGAAGCCCUGUGAGUGCAAGAAAGCCUUCCUCUGCUGCAAUCCACUUGCUCAGCACCAGAAAACUCACACCGGGGAGAAGCCUUAUGAUUGUAACAGCUUCGGAAAGGCCUCUUGCUGGGGUUCGAGCCUUGUUGUUCAUAGAAUUCACACUGGGGAGAAACCAUACUUACUUAAAGACUGUGGGGAAACCUUUAGGUGUGGCGACAAACUCACUCGGCAUCAGCAGUUUCAUACUGGGGAGAAACGCUAUGAGUGUAAAGGCUGUGGGGAGACUUUCAGGCACCUCUAUAAAUGUAUGCAGCACAAGAGAAUUCACUGUAGGGAUAAGCCCUAUGAGUGGAAGGGCUGUGGGAAGGCCUUUAUUUGUGAUUCCAGCCUCAUUCAGCCUGAGAGAAUCCACACAGGUGAGAAAUCCUUUGAAUGCCAAGAGUGUGGGAAGUCCUUCACUAGAGUCAAUUUCCUCACUCGGCACCGGAAGCUUCACACUAGCGAGAAACCACAUGAGUGUAAGGAAUGUAGGAGAGCCUUUCACUGGCUUUCAAGCCUUGUUAACCAUGAAAGAAUUCAUUCAGGUGAGAAACUCUAUAAAUGUGCAGAAUGUGGGAAGGCCUUUAUGUAUGAAUCAGGCCUUCUUAAACAUGAGCGAAUUCACACUGGUGAAACCCCUUAUAAAUGUAAGGAAUGUGGGAAGAACUUUAUAUAUCGAUCGAGCCUUCUUAAACAUGAGCGAAUUCACACUGGUGAAACCCCUUAUAAAUGUAAGGAAUGUGGGAAGAACUUUAUAUAUGGAUCAAGACUUCUUAAACAUGAGCGAAUUCACACUGGUGAAACCCCUUAUAAAUGUAAGGAAUGUGGGAAGAACUUUGUAUAUGGAUCAGGCCUUCUUAAGCAUGAGAGAAUUCACACAGGAGAGAAACCCCAUGAACGUAAGGAAUGUGUGCAGUCAUGCCCAUCAGCUCAGACAGCACGAGAAAACUCACAUGGCAAAACCAUGUGAGGAGUAUGGAAAGAUUCACAGUAAUAUAAAGAGAACAUUCGAAGACUCAUGCACAUUGAGAACAUUGACUACGAAGAGCACACCAAGGCCUCUGCCCUACAUUCAUUCUUUCCUUGGUGAUUAAUCUAUCUUAAGAAAGCCUACCAUGGUCAUUUGCCUGCUUGAUAUCAGAAGGCAUACUAGAAAUAAAUUGGGGGAGUGUAAAAGUCACUUUUCUUAGUGAUCAUGUCCUUCCGUAUUAGUGUUCUUACUGGAUGAGUUGGUCUUUCCUUAGCCAUUACCUCCUUUCCUCUUGGUGUUCUUACUGGAUAAGUUUGUUGCGUAAAUUCGUAGAUGCCCAAAACCAUUCCACCUUUCAUUGAAUUUAGGUUCACUCGAGGGGAGCAACCCUUCUCAUGUGACACUUGUGACAAAGCCUUUAGUCUUGGCAUAUGCCGUACCAGCUAGCGUCACCAUUCCAGCUCUUUGCUCUCGGUGAGACACUCACAAGCUGCUCCUCACCCUUGACAAAUCCAUCUUACACUGCAGGAGAUCAGUUGAAAAUGCACUUGAGACACCUUAUCAACCAAACACCACAGCUUAACCCAGCUUGCCUCCAGUGUGCUCAGAGCAUGCCUUUACCCAACACUGGGCAAAUCAUCUAACACAAAGUCUAUUCGCUAAUAAAAUACAGAGGCUCACACAAUUUCUUGACUAAUGGUCAGGCAUGCUAGCACAUGCCCGUAAUCUCAAGAGACUGAGAUAGGAAGAUUGAGAGUUCAAGGCUAGCCUGAGCAACAUACCAGAUUUCAGACUAGUCUACAUAGCAUCACCACGCCUCGAAAAGUUUUUUUUGAAUAUUGUGUUAAAAGUGAAAAUCAGUGGUGUAUCAAGGAUGCUUCCACACCAUCGUGACGUUGAAAGAUCUGCGGUUAUAUUAGGUACACUUUCACACCAUCAUGAUGUUCAAAAAUCAGUUCUUGUGGUUCAGUUCACUUCUACAGAGUUGAAAAUUGAGUAGUGAUAUUGAAUAUGUUUUCACACCUUUCUGGAGCUGAAAAAUCAAGUGGUGGCUUAGAGGUUUUCACACUGUCAUAAAAUGGAAAAAGCAGUUAUGUUCAGUAUACGUCUGUGCUUCUGUACUGCUGAAAAACCUGGUCAUGUUGAGUGUGCUUUCACAGAAUUGACAGCAUCAGUGAUUAGACCAGGCAUACUUUUGUCAAACUGAAAAAUCAGUAGUUAUAUUGAACAUGCUUUCACACCGUCACAGAGCUGAAAAAUCCAUAGUUGUGUGGACACACUUUCGCAAUGUUGUGAUUUGAAAAGGUUGUGAGCCAGGCAGUGGUGGCUCAUGCCUUUAAUCCCAGCACUGGGGAGGCAGAGGCAGGCAGGUCUCUGUGAGUUCGAGACCAGCCUGGGCUACAAGAGCUAGGUCCAGGACAAGCUCCAAAAGCUACAGAGAAACCCUGUCUCGAAAAAACAAAAACAAAAACAAAAAAAAAAAAAGGCUAUGAUUGUCUGGACUGCUUUUGUGCCAUCAGAAAGUUGAAAACCUUUGUAUAGCAAGACUGCCUGUGUUUGUAAAAUGUCUGUUCUGUGCACGUCUUUCCCAUAUAGAUAAUCCCACUAUGGAAACUAAAUGUAAACUCCUUAAGACUGUCUUAGGAGACUGUCAGCUCCAUAAAUACUGCCUACCACUGUUCUUGUGGUCAUCACCAUUAGUAUUGUUAACACGAGCCAUUCCAGGUAGACCCCUGUGGGUUCCCUUGGAAUGCGACCGAGAUGGCAUUAGGAUGACUGUUUCCAUCUUGGAUUAAGUAGUGAUUUCUUAGUGCAUGGACCACACUGAAGGGAAAAGAUCAUUAGACUUCAUCAGACUAGAGUCUGUUGAUGAAGAAAAAAAGAAAGGUGAGGAACAGAGUGAGGUGUGCACCAAUCUGCAGACUUCCCGAGGCACCAGGAAUCCCACAGUCAACAGAGACACAAGAGGCUACAUGUCAGAGAUCACCAGGUGGCCAGUAAGUUGAUGGAAAUGUGUCCCACCUCGUUCCUCAGCAAGGAAAUGCAAAGGAAAACCACUAUGGCAUGUCAGGAGAGUCACAGGAAUUCCUAACAUUAAAAUGAGGAAGUAUAUCAAAAAUCUCACCACACAAGUGAGGUGAUGGAUGUUUCUUCGGUUCAGUCAUUCUCCAUUGUAUAUAUGUAUUAAAACAUCACAGUGUUCUCUACAAAGAUAAUAUACAAAGUAAAUACUAAG